AUUUGAUAUAAAAUGCAUGUAUUUCCACUUUUAAAGAUUGGGGAUGACUUACUUUUGCUUUCUUUUAAGAAACGGGUGUGAAAUGAUUCGUUUAUUGCUAUACUAAAGGUAGGCCUACAGUAAAAACCAUUUUAAAUUUGCUGAGAAUUUUUUUACCAUUAUGUAGGAAAGCUGCUCGCAAAUGAUGUCACAAAUCAAAUAAUGAAAAUUCUAGCAACUUUAUUCCUUGAUGGAUUUUUCCUCAAACCUUCGCCAAUAUUUUUCUAAUUAUUAUUUUGUCUGCUAUUUUUACAAUAAACUUUUGUCAGGGUGAACUUCCCUUUUAAACAACAAUUUUUUUUAAUGGUUCGGGAUGACUUAUUUUUGCUUUCUUUUAAGAAACGGGUGUGAAAUGAUUUGUUUAUUGCUAUACUAAAGGUAGGCCUACAGCAAAAACCAUUUAAAAUUUGCCGAGAAUUCUUUUUACCAUUAUGUAGGAAAGCUGCUCGCAUAUGAUGUCACAAAUCAAAUAAUGAAAAUUCUAGCAACUUUAUCCCUUGAUGGAUUUUUUCCUCAAACCUUCGCCAAUAUAUUUUUUAUUAUUAUUUUGUCUGCUAUUUUUACAAUAAACUUUUGUCAGGGUGAACUUCCCCCUUAAUAAACAAUUGUGAUCGUAGUGCCGUUUCCUACUGUCGCUAGGUAAACAAUGACGGGAACAAUGCAGGGUCAUGGAACAUGGUACAACUAUUAUCAUUUUAUCAACUUGUCUGAUCAUUGUGAUCGGUAAACAGCAUGACAAUAUUGGUGUGAAAUUGGGAUUGCAGUCACAGAACAUUAAUCUAUUCCCCCACACAGUGAAAUCUAAAGCGUAGGCCUAUUACUGGUACAAGUUUACUGGGAGAGUUUUUGUCUUUUCAAUCAUGGCUGACAGGCAGCAGGUGAAAGUUGCACUUUGGUGCAUUCCAAGGUCUAGAUCUACAGUCCUCACCAAGUGCCUUUCAGCUAUAGAAGAUAUGGACAUAUAUUUCGAGCUGUAUACCGUCGCGGCACUGGUGGGCGGUUGCUUUGAGACGGCGACUGGUCGCAAACUUCCCCUGAAGCUUGAGGGGAAUGAAGCCGACUAUGAAGAGGCCAAAGACGUUUGGUUCAAGGCAACCAACAUGAAGAUAUAUCCACGAAGAGUAUCAUGCCAUGAUAUUCAAGAGGAAGUCGAAACUACGAAAAGCAGGUUUGUCUUGAUGAAAGAAAUGUGCCAGUUUAAGGACUACGCCCAAGAUUAUCUUCCGCGUGACUUUCGAUACGUCUUCGUGACGAGGGAACCAACGAGAGCCUACGCGUCUUUUCGGAAGGUUCUGUUGACUACGGGACUAUUUGUCCCAGCGGACAAAAAGUUAGGGUUGGAUAUCAUCCGGGACGACCCGAGUAACACCAGACCGAUGUCGUGGUACGAAAGUCAACACCAGCUUUGGAGGUACGUCAAGGACAACCUAGACCCCAACCCAAUCAUCAUCGAUGCCUAUGAUCUCGCCUCCAACCCUCAGAAGAUCUUGAAAGGCCUCUGUGAGGCGAUUGGUUUUCCAUACAACGACAGCCUUCUCCAGUGGGCCUCGAGCAUUGAGGAUUUCCCCCAGAACUUUAACACAGCAGGACCAAACCUGUUCGAGGGCGUUGGGUCAGGUUUCUACGAGAGGGCCUUUAAAUGUACCCAAUUCGAGGCACCAACUGAAUUGGUACCAAUACCACGUGAUCAGCUCGAUGAUGACGUCCUUCGUUGCGUUGACUAUUCGAUGCCAUUUUACCGGGAGCUAUACACAAAUAGAUUACAAUAGGGCAUAUCUGCCUUCAUGGGAAUUUAGAGGCACUUCAUAAAUUCAAGCUCCCCCCCCCCUUUAAUUUCGACAACUUCAAAAAUGUUAUAAUAUGCAAUGCAAAUAAACGGAGUGCUUUUAAAGAGCACUGGAAAGCACUACAAAAUUAAUAUCACUAAUAUUUACAGAAAGUUUUGGACAUUUUCUGUUUUCACUUUAAUUUGCACCCCCCCCCCCCUCGUAUUGAAAACAUGGAUCGACGCCUCUGGGACCACACGGGCCGUGUGGUCCAGUGGUUAGAGCAUUGGACUCAUAAUCGCAAGGUUGUGAGUUCGAAUCCCAACUCUGCCAUUGUCUCCACUUUGAUAAAAAAAGGCCCGAGAGUGAUAUCUGUCGUCUAUAACGUCAGCCACUAUGACUGAUUAACCUAGACGUAAAAUGUUUCCUAGGUAAUUGGUUAUAUACCAGCUUGGUGUUUACCAGCAAAAAUGCUGUCCUGCCGAGUUCCUACGGGAGUUACCAUAAACAGAAACAGAAACAGAAAGAUCAAUAUACAUAUGAGGUAUCACAGGCCUAAUUCAUUUCCCAUAUCCUCGUGUGUUAAAGUGCACUCUAAAAACUGGGGUGCAAAUUUAGCUCUUAAGGAGCGUCUAUAGUGACUGCACUUCGGAGUGCUGAUUUUCUCGUUCAAAUUUGAACUAGAAAAAUCAGCACUCCGAAGUGCAGUCACUAUACACGCUCUUUAAGAGCUAAAUUUAGCACUUCGUUUUUUAGAGUGUGGUACUUAAACAAAAUUCAUAAAAAAUAAGGAGGAAAUUCGAGGGUUGAAUUUUUACUACCUGUGGAUAGAACCUAGGAUAAUGUCUGACAUUCCAUAUCUGACCAAAAAAGGGUACCUCGGCCGGCUCAUUUAAAAAAUAAAUCAGCAUUUAUGAAGACUACACCUAACGGGAUCAAAUUCAUCACUUUAAAGAGCAAAAUGGCUCUAAUUCUUCCGCCAGUAAAAAAAAUAGUUCCAAAGUAGUGAUAUAUCUUUCCAAUUUGGAAAAAGGAAGUUCAGUAGGUACCCUCCCUAUAAUCAGUGUUAGAUUGUCAAUCAUAUUUUAUUUAUUCAUUUUUGUCAAAUAGCAAUAUCAAAUUUAAAAAUUGAGCUACGGGUUGGCUCGAAUGAAUAUCUUUUGCCUGUCAGUUGUAGUUAGGCCCGUGUGACCAUGAAGGAAAUAUUCAACUAUAUACAGAUUUCAUCGAUGUUGACCUCUUAUAUUCUAUACAAGAGCAACAUUUUAUGUAUGUUUUCUUUGGUAUUUGGCGGCAUAGUGAGAACUCGCUCCGCGAUAGGCCUAUAUGUAGGGCUAAAGAACAGAGAAAAUAUAUUGUCAAAUGCCCUCCAUGACAAAGAAUAACCAAGAAGUCUUUGUCGAAAAUUUCUGAAUCAAACAGCAGUUUUGUCCUCGACUCUGGACAAACGACAUAAUUAUUUGUAUUUUUUCGUCAGCACCAAAACUUAUAUAGGAAGAGUCUAAUAUUCUGGAUCAGUAAUUUUCGCUAAACACCUCCCAGCUAGAUGUUCAUUGUCAUUUGACGGGCAAUUUUAAUAAAUUGACCGUCUUCUUGAACACUCUAAACGUCGCGGAGUUAAAACUCGCUAUAUAACCGUCUGUUCUAGAAUUUUUUCUUGAGCAAAAUGUCACCCCCCCCCCCGAAAAAAACCAGCACCCUUCAGUGUACUCUGUACUUAAUUUGUUGUCAUAGUUUACAUGAUGCUCUUGUUUGUUUUCAAUCUUCGCCACUACUUUCUUAAUCUUUCUGGCCCAAUCCUCUCUCUGUACUUUCUACCUAUAUCUCCUUUUAAUUACCCUUUCCCCUUACUCACCUUUUUUCUGUCUGUCUCCCUUUGCCGUCUUUAUCCUUCCCCAUUUUUUUCUUUUCUAAUACUUUUCAUUCAUGCAUGCACAAUGUGCCUCAUUGUUGUGGUUAGAAUUUGCGUACUUAAUAUUUAUUAUGUUCAAUACAAUGUAUGAUUUUAUUUACUUUCAACAAUUUCUUUCCUUGUAUUAUAAUAAGAAGUACUAGUAAUUUUAUAUAAUUUCAUGUUUGUAUUUGAGUAUUAUUCUAUUGUUGUAAAUUGUACACAUGUUUUUAUUCAGCCUUUGGCUGCGAGGCAUGUUUUUAAUAAACCAUUAUUGAAUUGAAUUGAAUUGAAUUGAAUCUCUUCAAGUAGCGUUCUCAAGCCCAUGGGGGAGGGGUGGAGGGGGAGCGUGGGGGACAAAUUCUUUUUAGCUAUCUUGCCAAUUUGUAAAUCUGUAAUUGAAUACAAAUACUAAUAUUUGACAAUUUUCUAUUACAACCCAAGACCCUGGGUAAAUAAGUCAAGUAAAAAAUGAAUGAAUAAAUAAAUAAACGAAUGAAUGAAUGAAUGGAUGAAUAAAUGAUUGAACAAAUAAAUAAAUUGUUAAGCU